UAUUUCGUUAGCAGUUUAGCCUGUGAAAUUGUUAUAUUGCACACAAUUUGAUGGUAUCAUCGCAUCCAGCACUGUGAAGGAUUUUACAGUAUUUCAAUUUGCAAGUAGUUAAGUUUUUUGUUGUUGUUCAUGAACGUACUUCCCUAUUAUGUCAUGCGGUGUCGUCCAGUGUUAUCAGUAUGCACACGCCAUAGUAAUAUGGACAGGAAGUGAUCACCGACAUUGUCUGUCACCUGGUAAAAACGCAAUUGAGACGAGUGGAUCCCAUCAACUGGCCAAGAUACCAUCCGCCCCUCAGCACAAUACCAGUGUGGUCCACUACACAAACACAAGAUACAAGAUGAAUGGAAUCCUACAUCUGAAGCUACGACAGUGCGAUCCGUACCACUUUUUAAAAACAGGAGGGUGGUACAAUACAAAGGCUGUCAAAUCCAUCAUCCGCGGCUCAUUUUCACAAUCUACGUUCACAUAUAAUUAUUUCUUCUUCAAUCAUAAUGUCGCUGCAAGUUUCAUCAAAAUACGUAAAAAAAUGGUGUUAAUGCGUUAGAUUGAUAUUUUAGUUAUCGAUGAUGUUCAAGUUUUUAAAUUGUGGUACGGUUAGGUCGGUAUCCCAUUUAAACAAUAAAAGGGAUGCUUUGUGACUUUAUAGUGAGGGAUAUAAAAGAUAGAAUAGUUGAAAAUCUACCAAACUCCAUCAGCCCAUCGAAAAUUGGUUUUGUUGGUAUGUGAGAAAGCCGUUAGUACUCUCGUAAUUACCACCACCCUACUUUUGUUCGUUACGCUUUGUAUU